AACUCGUCAUCCAUCCUUUUUCUGUACCGUUUGUACUGGCAAGCAUGGCAUCUUUCUGAUGAUUACUUCUUUUUUUUUACUAAUUUGCGUCAUAAAACCUCUUUUAAAAUAACACAAACAAACGCGUGUACAUAAUUUUAACCUGUUUAUAUAAGUCUAGGUAAGCUUCCACCUCUAUUAACUAUUAAGAUGCUUGGUUAUAUAGGUCAUUGUGUGACUCACAAAUAUUUCAACCUUGGAGGAGGUCUUGUUGAUAGUUUUUGUAGCCAGUGAGGAGGUUCGAGAGGCGUGCUGAGUUUCUCCGCUGAUCCACAGGUCUAUCCAAGAUGGCCGCCGCAGCGUAGAUUUAAGACUUGAACCGUCAAAUUAAUUUAACAACAAAGCUUUCUCUUGACAAUUUGAACAUGAGUCCACUACGGCGGCGAUGGCGUUUGCCAGCUCGACGACAGCGGAGUUGAGCCGAGAAGACGUCAGCAGAAUGAAGGAAUAAUAAAGCAGGGUUUAGUAGGACAUCUUGAGGUGUGAGGACAUACGUUGCAUGCCAGCAUGGACAGCUUCUUCAAGGCAGCCGUUUGUGAUUUGGACAAGCUUCUCGAUGACUUUGAGCUCAGUGCAGAAGAACAUGAUUGCAAAUCCUUUUUACGGAAGCCUCCAGUGCAUUCGGGCUCCUCAGAGGCAUCCGCCAUCCUUGCUGACCUUCCUGACCUCAGUACUCUUCACUACGGUGCUGCGUCCAACUGCCCGGACCACACCAAUCGGAGCUGCGUCAAUGAGGACAGGGAGGUUAAAGCCCUGACAGGAGUGGACCUGCUGUCCUCUGUGGAUUGCAGCUCGUCUCAAAACUCAGCUCCGCCCUGUCCCGACAGAACGCUGAAGCCUGUGUGCGACCUUGUCAACGACACAAGCUCAGCCAUCUUGGUCAGAGCCAACAGCCACGAUGCCUUCAGUGAGCUGGACGCUGCUGAGAAGCAACUAGAGGAGGAGCUGCUUGUGAACUUUGACAGCCCCACCAAAUUGUCGAUCCUCAGCGAGGAGCAAGUGGCUCUGAACUCAAGCUGUAAGCAGGACUCUCUGGAGCAGCUCGAUGAAUUCUCGUCCUCCUUCAGUCUCCUGGAUGUUAUUCUUCCUGGAGCUGGAGAGAAGAGCACAGAGUCCACAGCUGACUGUCUCUCAAGGACUACAGAGGACACAGAAGGCGAUUUCUAUGAGGAUGCCCAAGAAGAUGUGUCCUCUCAACAAUGCGAGCAGGAUCACCAAGGACCAGCUAACAGUACCCUAACAUGGAGUACCUCAAGAGACUUGGACUCUCCAGAACCUUCACAGUCUCCAAAAAAUUCAAAAAGUGAAGCUGAAUCUGUGUGUGAACCUCAAUUGGACCUCCAGCACCGUGGUGAGCAAAGUGAGGAUGUGUCUGAAGACACAGAGGCAGACGCCCUAUCAGCUUUAGACGUCAGGCCUGAUGAUCCUUGCCCUGAGAAGUGUCUUGACUCGUUAUCCCAGCAGCUGUACCCAGAGGGCCAGCAUCCCCCACUUUGCGCCUCCAUCCCUCCUGCAGAACAUCCGUCCUCAGACCGCUCAGAACCAAGCCCGGCGGAUCCUCCUGAGUUUGGCUUUGAGUAUCUUCCUGAGAGCGAUCAGGCUGAGUUGCUGGUCACAGACGAGGAGUUGGACAGCUUCCUGCAGGCCCAUGCUGAGGCCGAGCAGGACAGAGGAAUCUCCUGCUGCAGCACCUCUGCAGAUGUUCUCCAAUUAAACCGGGAUGAGGAGGAGGUGCUUGCAGCUGAGGAGCUGAGGAGCUGUGAGCAACCCCCACGGGAAGAUCUAGAAGGCCUGGCCUCUCCAGAAAGCGACAGAACCAUGUGUGUCUCUGUUGAGGGGCGUGCACCAUCCAUCUCUCUUGACUCUCUGCCACCCAGUCAAGAAGAACCAGAACCAUCCUCUAGAGGGAGCCAUUCCUCCACCAGCAUCCCUUCCCAGUCUCAGCCCAGCAGCAGCUCAGAACCUCAUUUGUCCUACGGAGGUGCAAGACCCAAACAGUUGGUCUGCCCAGCUGCGAAAUGCCCAACAUCAGCGGAGGAUGAGGAGUUACCCGCUGUUUCUUCUUCGUGUAAACUUGAAGAUGAAGAGCGGCCAGACACCAGCCACAGUAUCCCAGCACAUUCCAACACCAGCACUGUCGACGUUGCUCAGGAGCCGCCAGAGUACACGACAGAGUAUGAUGAACUCUCAGAACCCCCGGCUUACCCCGGUGAGCCCACAACAAGCUCUCGGCCUAACAGCUGGAAGAGGGACGCCGCAGACGAGCUGGGCAGCAGGCAACCUGCCUGGGUGCCGGACUCUGACGCUCCUAACUGCAUGAACUGUUCUCAGAAGUUCACUUUCACCAAGAGGCGGCAUCACUGUCGCGCCUGUGGGAAAGUGUACUGUGCCACGUGCUGCAACAGGAAGUGCAAGUUGAAGUACUUGGAGAAGGAGGCACGCGUGUGUGUCGUCUGCUUUGACAACUUGCACAGAGCACAGGCACUCGAGCGGAUGAUGAGCCCCACGAGUCCCAGUCCAAACCCCAACGUCCCGUCUGAGUACUGCAGCACCAUCCCACCUCUGCAGCAGGCCCGUGCCGCUGGCACUCUCAACUCUCCCCCGCCCACUGUUAUGGUGCCCGUGUCGGUGCUCAAACACCCGAACAAUGACGGCUGUCCUCGUGAGCACAAACGGGUCUGGUUUGCUGACGGCAUCCUGCCCAACGGUGAAGUGGCGGACACCACCAAGCUGUCGGUGGCGAGCCGGAGGAGCUCACAGGAGUUUGGCGUCGCUCCAGAACAAGCGACUCCGACCUCCACGGAGUCAGAGGGCGGACGCGGCGGCAGGACGAGCCUUGAGGUUCCAGAGGUGGUUCCACUUCCUGUGUCUGGUCCCUGGCACUACGCCCUGCUGUCUGGACUGGGCUCUGCAGUGAGGAGGACCCCAAGCCUGUUGCCUGACAGCGAGGAUGAACUUCCUCCUCUGCUCAUCUUGACCGGAGAGGACGGAGCAGGAGAUGUGUUGGUGGAGGAAAGCCCCGCCCCUUGCCAGAUUCGCCACCUAUUGGAGGAGGGAGGCCCUCGACCUUUGACGUUUGUCCUCAAUGCCAACCUGCUGGUCAACGUCAAGCUGGUCACGUACGGCGGCCGCCAGUGCUGGUGCUUCGGCUCCAACGGGAUGCAGGCUCUGGGCCAGAGGGAGCUGGUCUUUCUGCUGGAGUGUGUGCCAGAGGAAAGAGGUCUACCCAGAGACCUCUUCACCCUGUGUCUCAACAUUCAGCAGGAUGCACAAAGAGGCAAGUUUGUGGAGGAGCUGGACAAUGUGACAUUCACCAGCAGUUUCCUGGGCAGUAAAGAACAUGCUGGGAUGCUCUUUUUCCCCCCAACCUGUCAGCCUCGAGAGGAUCUCACUCUCCCACCACAGCCUUUCCUCUUUGGUCUUCUAAUACAGAAGCUGGAGGUUCCCUGGGCCAAAGUCUUUCCCCUCAGGCUGCUUCUGCGACUCGGCUCUGAAUACAGCGUGUACCCCACAACACCUGUUAGUGUGCGUUUUCGGGAGUCUGUGUAUCGAGAGACUGGACACACCAUCAUGAACUUACUGGCUGACCUGAGGAACUACCAGUACAGUCUGUUGUCUGUGAAGGGCCUGAGAAUUCAUAUGGAAAUGGGCCACAGCUACAUCGACAUCCCAAAAAGCAGCUUCAACGAGAUGCUGAGGGUGGUGAACAGCUCUAACGAGCAUGUGAUCAGUGUCGCAGCGAGCUUCAGUUUGCAGGCCGACUCCCACCUGGUAUGUUUCCAAAAUGAGGAUGGGACCUACCAGACGCAAGCCAACAGCAUGCCUGGCAAGACACGCACAGUGACGGGGGCCAGCUUUGUGGUCUUCAAUGGCGCCCUGAAAGCCUCGUCAGGAUUCAUCGCCAAGUCCAGCAUUGUGGAAGAUGGUCUUAUGGUCCAGAUGCCUCCAGAGACCAUGGAUGCCCUGCGCACGGCUCUGCGUGAACAGACGGACUUCCACAUCGCCUGUGGAAAGACAGACGGAGGGGAAAUCCGGGAAAAUGUCACCGUGCGCUGGGUUGACUGGACGUCACCUGUCAACACCGGAAUGACGAGUGGCGUUGAUGGGCGGAGUCUGGACGGAAUGUGCAGUGUGAGGAUGCAGCCGGAUGCAGAGUUUGAGUGCGACGGGCGCGUCAUCAGAUGUUCUGAGGUCUUCUACCACAUGACGUCUCCGGACUGCACUCUGGCAUCCGUGCUGCCGUGCUGCAGCGUCUUCCAGAGGGAGAUGGCGAUAGCUGCAUGUAGCGCUCUGACUCAGCAUCUUGCUGUUCUUGCCGCCAGUGGCAUCAACUCGCUCAGCCUACGUGUCUCCACCGGCACUGACAUGGUGGAGUACCAGGUAGGUUCAGGAGGCCGACUACUUCCUCAGCACUACAUGAACGAGUUGGACAGCGCACUGAUCCCUGUCAUUCAUGGAGGUGGAGCCAGUGUGCCGCAGGCUGCCAUGGACAUGGAGCUGCUCUUCUUCAUCACACACACCAUCUAACACACAUAGGACGCACUCGGUUCAGGACUGUACCAUCCUUACCAUCCACGGUGAGGUCAGCCAGCAGGUGUUGCACGUACGGUUGUCACAAGAGGGCGCCAAGACAACACAGGAUGUUGGAAAUAUGUCGGAGGCAGACUUGAAUAAAGCUGCUUUAUUCAACAUGGAAGAGAAGAUGAGUACCGAAUGCUGGCCUCUUAGGUGGCGCCGCCUUAAUGAAUGAUCCACGGGAGCCGACCGGAUCUCACGACUCACACUUAGGAGUGGGUGAGCACACCUUAAGUUUGCAACACUGAUCUCUUGGAUGGAAUUCUACCGUGUGGAGCGCUGGAACAUCGAUCCAGAUUCAUCCAAGCUCAGCUUGUUUGAGUACAUUUUGCACAUGUAUGCAUCCAGUGACUUGUGUUCCUCAGUCACGCUGUCAGGUCAUCUGAUGUCAAUCAAGACACUACGUUCAGGGCUUAGCUUAGCAGAACCAGAAGCUAGCCAGCCAGCUAGUUGACUUUUGUCCAAAAGUGACAAGAUCUUCAUUGUGAGAACAUAAAACCACAACUUUAAUUUGUAGUCAAUUAACAAAUAGAGGGUGCGGUGUCACGUUUUUAAAAUGUGUAAUACCACUUACUGCCCCAUGGGGAGCCAGUGAGUUGGGUAUUAAAGGGGGCCUAUUAUGCUUUUCCCACUUUUCUGACCUAUUAAUGUAGUUAAAAUGAUAUAUUCUGAUGAUGCUAAACCUGUUGAAGUUUCAGAUAAUGAGUUUGUGUGUUUGGAAGUGAGCCCUGAAAGAAGUUUGAAAAACUUUUCAGCGUGAGGGCUUCAUUAUGGGUGUGGCUGUGAUCAGUCACAGCAGAGUGGGCGUGCCCGGAGGCGGGCUGUGGGUGGAUUAAAUUCAUACAGACCGUUUCGGUGGGAAGCACAACUCCAAGGGAAUACAGCUGGAAUAGGUGCAGAUUCUGGAAGUUCUUGAAAGUUCUGUGCUGGUCAUUGUGUGUAGCUGCUCUGUAGGAGUCCACAGCUCAAUAUAAAUGGUCGAUAAAUGAGCAUAAUAGGUCACCUUUAAACUAACUAGCCAUCUUUAAUAUUUUCAGUCAGUGAUAAAAGCAAACACAUAAAAUAAAAAUCAGGAAAUUGUCCUCUGAAUGUAUUUUUUGGGAGGAUUUUGUCAAAUUUGGACAAUGUCUUUUUUUUUCAAGCUUCUCGUGGCUGCUGCUGAUUCUUAGCAUGCAGACAACUGAUGCACCUGGUUGCAUUGUCAUGAAUGUAGCAGCUUUAAAGUCAAACUCUCACCAGCGUCUUAUCUUUGCAGUCCACGGGACGGAACCCGAGCUGGUUGGUUGAGCUUGUACAUGUGAUGUUCUUUCAGCUUUGAGGCCAAAGAUCUUGUUUUUUCAUCUCAACUCUUGUCCAAAUCUUCUCAAAGUAUGCAUCAAGAUUUUUGUUUUUAGUAUUGAAGAUUUAUUUUUGGAAUCAUUAGUGUAAAAGUUUGAAGAAAAAGGAAACAGAGUUCAUAUUUUUGAUAGGCUGACAAGGAUGAAAUUUUGUCCAGAAAUAAAGCUAAAUACUGUAUCACGGUUGAAAGUAUUUACGCGCAGAGUUUCAAUUGAAGAAAAUGUCAACUGCAGAUUAAAGUGUUUGAAACCACAAA